GACGUCAACGACAAACCUCGAAGUUUGACAAUAACGGACUACACAGUUAAAGAAAACGCACUCUCGGGAACUACAAUCGCAACCGUGUCGGCCACCGACGAAGACGCAGGGCAAAGUAUUACAUACUCAUUGAGCACUAAUCCGGGAAAUUUGUUUGCUAUCAAAGGAAAUAAGCUGAUAACCGAUAGUAGCUCGAUUGAUUACGAAGCUGGCAAAAGUUACAAAAUUGUCAUUGUCGCAAAAGACGGCGGCACUCCGUCACAAUCUACAUCGACUUCCUUUACAAUUGAUAUUCUUGCAGUAAACGAAUCGCCUGUCGAGUUCAAGUUUACGUCUACCACGUUUCCAGACGGCAAAGCCAAAAUUAGAGAGAAUGCAGUGAAGAAUAUGGUGGUGGGAACGAUAGAGGCGUACGACCCAGACGACAACGAGCAACUGACGUUGAAACUGGACGACAGUGCGAGUCAACGGUUUGCUUUGAGCACGACGAAACCACGAUGUGUUGCAGUCAAUACACUGACCUCUAAAACGAAGUGCGAAGCUCAACUACUGGUCAACGCCGCUUUGGACCACGAAACGGAUUCCUCACUCACUAUCGUUAUUCGCGCUACUGACACAAACGGUCUUUUCAAGACCGCACGCUACCAGAUUACAGUCGUUGACGUUAAUGAGGCACCACGAGACAUCACUGUUGCUAGUGGUCGCCUCUCUGUUCGAGAAAAUUUGAAUAACUUCGUUAUCGCAGAAUUCAAAACCGUCGACGAAGAUGCCGGCAACAAACACACAUACUCGCUUGUCAACGACGCUGGCGGAAAGUUUUCUAUUACUGGUAGUCAGCUGGUGACGUCUGCAAAGGCAAAUCUCGACUUCGAAAAGGCAUCCAAAUACACGGUCGUCGUGAGAUCAACAGACAAGGGAGGAUUAUCCGUAGACAAAACGUUUACUGUGACCGUAGAAGACGUCAACGAGGUUCCUACAUCAUUGAGUUUGACAAAUUCUAAGGUGGGGGAGAAUAGUAAGGCGGGAACGGUAGUUGGCACCAUUAAGACGAAAGAUCCAGAUAACCUGUUGUCGAAUCGCCAGAAGUUUACGUAUACGCUACUGGAUGGCGAUCAAAAAAGAUUCAAGAUUGACAACGACGUUGUGGAGGUGGCUGUCGAUCAGACGCAGUGCGAGAAAUACGGCGGUUUGUAUUGCAAACUCAACUAUGAAGUGAGCAAGACACAUAAGAUUACUGUGACGGUGACCGACAACGGCAGUCCGGCAUUGUCAAAGACGUUUACCUUAACUAUCACCGUUACCGACGUGAAUGACAAACCAAGACAAUUGACGAUCGAUAAGUUCAAAAUAGCGGAAAACGCCAAAAUUGGUACGGUUGUUAGCACGUUGAAUGCGUCUGAUGAAGAUGUCGGUCAAGUAUUGACAUACACGAUUACAAGUGCAAGUCAGUUUUUCAGAAUAAAAGACAGUCGGCUUAUCGUCGCUCGUUUACUUGACUACGAGAGUGCAAAGUCCCACGUCAUUACAGUUAAAGUAUCUGACAAUGGAUCACCAUCUCUAACAACGUCAAGGGAGCUUACAAUUGAGGUACUCAAUGCUAACGAGAAACCGUCGUUGCUCACUUAUAAAGAUAUCGGAGGUCAAAUACAGUUUAGUGAUAAUUUCCCAUCAGUGAACGAAACGAGCGUUGGCGGAAGCGGUACGGCGGUCGGAACGGUCGUUGGAACAAUCGAGGCGAUUGAUCCAGACAGUGGGGACAAGUUGAAAUUCUCGUUAGACAACGACGGAGGCGGUCGAUAUUCUCUGUCUCAGAGCACAGCAAAGUGUCAAACAGCAACGAACAAGGAAGUGAAGACUGUUUGUAGCAUUCGAAUGAUUGUUGCUGGAACAUUAAACUAUGAAUCAAGUACAGAACACAAAGUAACGAUUAAAGCGACAGAUCAAGAAGGAUUAGUAGUUUCCAAACAGUUUACUAUUAAAGUGAACGACGUCAAUGAACAUCCUACGGACAUCAGUGCAUCUGAAGAAGUCUUUCGAGUAAACGAGAACGCAAACGGAGCGACAGUAGCAUCUCUGGUCACAACAGAUCCAGAUCGAGGCCAGUCGUUUGUAUACAAAAUUGUGGACAAUCCAGCUGGACCUUUUACAUUGGAUGGCAAUGUUCUGAAAGUGAAGCAAACGGGAAAUAUCGACUACGAGAUCAAGUCGUCGUAUACAGUUACGAUUCGAUCGACAGACAACGGCAAUCCUUCUCACAGUUUCACCAAGAAAAUCGUUGUGAAAAUUAUUGAUAUUAACGAACCACCAACUAGCAUUUCUCUUGCCCACGAUAAGAUAGCAGAAAACAGCGGUACUGGUACGGUUGUCGACGUUCUUCUCAUCAGUGAUCCCGAAACGAGUCAAUCUCAUACGUGUACAAUGUUGGACGAUGCAGGAGGACGGUUUGUUAUGAAUGGUUUGAAUUUAGAGGUACGAGCGUCCAACGCAAGUUGCAUUCAAGCCGGUGGCGCAAAUUGUUUGCUCAACUACGAACAAAACAAAUGGCACAAAGUGACUGUACGCUGUACGGACAACGGAAAUCCAUCAAUGUUUAAAGACAAACAGUUUACUAUUAAUGUCGUCGAUCGUAACGAUCCACCGAGAGAGUUGAAACUCAGCAAACAAAGAAUCAGUGAAACGUUUAGCAUUGGAGACGUAAUCGGCGUGUUUUUGACUGUGGACGAAGACAGCGGUCAAUCGAUGUCGUAUUCACUCACCAGCAACAGCAAUGGUGUAUUUGAUGUGAAGAACUCACAACUUAUUCUUAAGAAAUCGCUCAACUUUGAACAACAAAAAACUCACAAUAUCGUCGUCAAGGUCACAGACAAUGGCACCCCACCUCUAUCGAUGACGAGAAGCUUUACCAUUGAA